AUGAAGCCAAUAGCCUACCCUGCUUUCUCCAUUUGUCUGGCUCUCAUUUUGGCCAGAUUCCUUGGCAUACACAUCAGUUUUGUGAGAAGUCAGAAGAACCACACGCUAAUUUUCACUAAGGAAAACACAGUUCGCAACUGCAGCUGUCCUGUGGCUAUCCGUGACUGUGAUUACUGCCUGGCAAACUUGAUGUGCAACUGCAAAACAGUGCUGCCUUCUACCAUGGAAAAAACUACCUACAACAGCCACCUGACCAUCUGGUUCACAGACACCUCUGUGCUGGAGAUGGUCCUCAACUUCACAAGGUUGUGGGAUUUGAAGCUGUCCUUCUGUGGCACCACUCCUCUCCCAACGGAAUAUCUAGCCAUUUGGGGACUUCGAAAGCUCCGGGUAAACAAGGUCAAGGGUCAAUUUCCAGAGCAGAGCGUAACCAUCUGCGGCAACAACAACCAUGACAAAGAAGACUUGCUUGAGGUGCACAACAAAGACAGGCAAAUGCUUGCACAUAUUUCUUUUCUGGAUACCUCCCUUUUCAAUGGCUAUUCAUUGCUGAAGUCAUACAGUGUGGAAAACGUCUCUAGUAUCAUGAAGCACUUUCCCAGCCUCCCUUACUCUGAUGUUUUCUCAACCUCAGAUAACGAGAGCUACGUUGUAACAUUCAUUUACUGAGUUAUUUAACACAGUCAGUAGUGAGAGGCAUGGCAACCUGCUAAGAGUUAGAGGAAUGGGAUGCCUUUAAGUCUGUCCGGUUUGUCCAGGAGGAGCUGUUAGGGGAUUGUGAGAGAACUCUACAAGGAAGUGUUUGAAGUAAGAGACUCAUCAGAUUAAUUCAGCAAACUCUUUCUUACAGAACAAAGUAAAUAUGAAACAACUGUUUUCCAAAGCAUUGUUAGAAUAUUUUUGUUUAUAUAGUCUAAGCUGAGAAUUGAAAUCUGCAGACAAAUUUUGUUUUAAGGUUGUGCCUCGGACAGAAAAAGGCAUAACCGUGUAGGUCCCAUUGCAGAAGAACCCAAGCCCCCCAGAGAAUCACUCAGGUUAGAUGGCAGCUCAGCAGGUAAAUUCACAGUUGCUUUGCAAGCUGCAAACUACUCCCAUUACACUCAGAGAUUUAGGAAACAGAGGUAUUGGACUUCCCUCUGUGAAGGCAGGUAUUUCCCUGCAUCUGUCCUUUCUUCCUUAUCUCACACAUAAUCUUUAUUUCCAGAUCACAUGAUAUUCUGGGUUGGAAGGGACCCACAAGGAUCAUCAAGUCUAACUCUUAAGUGAAUGGCCUAUAUGAGGAUUGAACUCACGAUUUUGGUGUUACUAACACUGGGCCAAUCUCAGUGUCAUCUUCAGUGCAAUCCCCUGCUGACAGCAUGACUGCUUCUGGGAUCAGACCAGGCAGCUCAGCAGCUGGGUCCUGAAAGCUCGCAAGGAUGGAGCCUGCACAACCUCACCAGGCAACCUGCUCCACUGCCUUGCCUGUCCUCACUGGCAAACUUUUUUGCAUGUAUGAACCUCAGCCUUCCCUUCUCCAGGCUGAGCAUGCCCAGUUCCCUCACACUUUUCUCACAGUCACAUGUGCCAGCCCCUACCCAUCUUGAUGACUCUCCACUGGACCACUUCAUUUGAUCCAUAUUUUUCCAGGGAAAGGCUGCCACCUGCAUGAUGGAUGUGCUGACACCUGCAAUUUCCCCAAAUGCAGGAACUCCCAACUUUUAUGAAAAUGACAAACUGCUCAUGUUCUCCCCUGUGAGAAAGUAGAAAUACUCAAUCCAAUGACUCUCAUCUGACAAAGGAGGCGAGGCUUCGGGCAGUUUUCAGAUGUGUUGCAUAAGAAAGGUUGUCAUUCCCUGAAAAACAUACACCAAAGACUAUUAAAAUAGCUCAAAGGCUGCUCCUUGCCCAUGUCUACAGGAUUUGCAUUCUGUGAGAUAUGAUUAAAACUGGAUCCACCAAUAUAGUACAAUAAAGGCUUUAAAAUAGCAAGUCGUAAGAGCCUUGCACUGCCAGCAAUGGAUUACAUGAAACUGAGCUAAAAUAUAAGAAAACUUCUGCCAAGAGAAGCUGUGGCUGCCCCAUCCCUGGAAGUGUCCAAUGCCAGGCUGGAUGAAGCUUGGAGCAACCUGAUCUACUGGAAGGUGUCCUUGUGCAUGGCUGGGGGCGAUGGAACUGGCUGGUCUUUAAGGGCCCUUCCAACCCAAACCAUUCUGGGAUUCUGGGAUUCUCUGUCCACUUAGGGGAAUGGCUAUCAAGAUUCUGAGGAACCAGUGCAACUGCUACAAGUUAAAAGAAAGACUAUUUCUAUUUUAAAUAGUCAUAUUGAUAUAACUGUAAUCAAUGAUGAAGCAGUUCUGCUAGGAAGCAAAACUUAAUUUUUCAGAAGACUUAAACACAUGCUCGCCCCCCAUUACUGUGAGCUUUCCCACUGAAAUCAACAAUGUACUAACUAUGGAAUUAAUGGGGUCUAUUUGCAAUUGCAAAUAGAUUUAAGCACACCAGUGUUUGCAAUCUGGGUACCGAACUCCAGACGUAGUUUCCUUUGUCAGCACCUUGGCAACAAACCAUAAGCCUUUUCCCCCAAAUUCCAAAUAUUUCUAGUGAUACCUCUCAUGACUGUGUAUUACAGACACAUAAUUCAUGUCACCUGCCCAGGAACCCCCUUCUCCAGCUGUCUGUGCAAGAGAAAAACCUUGCCUUCACAAACUAGCAACUCACCAAUCCUGCACAGGAUAGUGUUGUGUUUAAAAAAAAAAAAGGGCUGGUACACACAAAUAGAUUGAUUUCUGAAUGUUACCAAUGCUUUCUCCUCAGCAAAGAUCUGCUGCCCUCUGGUAAAAAAUGUGCUUAAAUCACAGUAAUUCCCCAUUGCCAUGACAGCGGUGUCCAAAAAUUCACACAUGCAGCAGUAGCUGAGGAUGUAUGUAUUCUGGCCUUGUUGGGAAUAAACGAGGUUAAAAAAUCCAUGGGCUUUCUAUCAGAGCAAAUUAAAGUUCCAGUUACUUUUGCCACUGUAGUGUUCUGAAUAAGGCUGGUGCAAAAGACCUUUUACUCCAGUGCCCAAGUAAGUACUGCAGGGCUUUUUUCCUGGGAAGAGCAAAAAAUCCUCAACUACAGAAAUCCACAGCACCGAUAUUGCAGUGACCUUUCCAACGCCCCUAUUCUGCUCCAGCGGAUACCAAGAACCUGAUUCUCCCAGUUCUAUUUUAUAUGGCUUUGCCCUAUGGAAGUACUGCAUUAGAAGCUCACAGAGUUUUUCCAGAGCAACGUCUCCAAAACGUGCCUACGCCUGGUAUAAUAAAACUAAUUUUGUAUAACAAACUCA